GAGAAGGCGGCUCUCUGGUUUCCCCGCCGAAACAAAGAAAAAAACCAUGGCGGCGCCAGAAGCUCCUCUCUGCUACGUCGGAGUCGCUCGUCAGUCCGCCGCUUUCCGCCUCAUGAAACAAAUGGGGUGGGAAGAAGGAGAAGGGCUGGGGAAAGAUAAGCAAGGGAUUAAAGGAUACGUUAGAGUCAAAAACAAGCAAGACACCAUAGGUGUUGGUCUAGAGAAGCCAAAUCCAUGGGCGUUUGAUACUGCGCAAUUUGAUAGUAUACUCAAAAGAUUAAAAGUGCAAGCUGCACAAACCAAUGAUGAAGUUGUAAAGAACAGAAAUCAGGGAGAAACUGAGACAAAUGCAUCUAAUGAUGGGAAUGAGGGAGUUGUCAAGUCUACUCGACCACAAGGAAGAUAUAAAAAGAGAGAGAGGGGGAAGCUUGUUCAUGCAUAUUCUUCUAAGGAUCUUGAAGGAAUUCUUGUCAAAAAGGUUGAGGAGUCACCACAGACAAAUUCUUUUCUGGACAAUGAAUUGGAGUCUCUGGUAAUGUCUGAAGUUAGAGAUUUCUGUGAUGAAGGAAAUAAAGCUGAAGAUGUUUCUGCAGAAUGGUGGGGUCACAAGUUUGGCUUUGUCUCUGGAGGUCUUCUUGGAGCAGAAUCUAGAAAGCGAUUGCUCAAAACUGGCGAAGCUCAGAAAUGCACUGAGAAAACUGUGUUUUUUGAAGAUGACCAAGAGAAUUUGUACAAACUUGUUCAAGAUAAAUCAACUACUGGGAAGCAAGGUCUGGGUAUUAAGGACCGGCCAAAGAAAAUAGCUGGUGUCCACUUCCAGGGAAAGAAGACAUCCUUUGAUGCUAGUGAUGAUGAGGAUGAGGAUUCUGCUGAAUGUGGUCCCCCAGCAAAAUCAAUGCGUGCUGUUGCAGUGAAUAUGGAAAAUGCUGAUAAAGCAAAAGUUAAGUUAAAAAAGUUGUGUAAGCAGCUUCUUCUACAGGCACCUGAGGUAUCAUUGAAACUAAAACAGCUAAAAGUUCUUGUUGAUGAACAUUCACCAGUAAUCUUCUCCAGUUUCACUUCAAAGAAAGAUGCACUUGCUUAUUUGAGACAAAAGCUUGAAGGCAGUAGAAGGUUUUCUGUGAAUGGGAAGCGAGUAAGCCUAUCUUCCACAAGCGGGUGAGUGCAAUUGUUUGGAUUUGAGUCAUGUUUAGAUGUUUCUGGAACGGCCCCUUCUAUACAUGGAGCUGAAACUUUUUUUCUAUAAUCUAUCAUAUUUUUAUGUCUUGUAUUCAUGCUGCCAUGGUGCUAUAGGUUUUAGGCCUGCCUGAUUUGAAAACAAGGAUUUUGUUAUUUUUUUCAUUCCCAUUUUUUCAGUUGUGUUACCUUGAUAGCCUAAAGAUGAAUUGUUUACCGGAUUAGUAAAACUACAAGAGAACAUUUAUAUUUAUGAAUCUUUUAUACUAUGAAAUCUUGUGGU